GCUGACUACAACUUUUAUCUCCUUUCCAUCAAAAGUAAAAGUAAACAAAAGGUUCUUGCAAAGGUUACGAAGUUUCUUUAAUUUCGGGGUAAUGAGUACAGCUUUAGAAUUAGUGCCUACACUACACAAACCUCUGCAUUCCAAAGUAUCAAAUUACCUUAACAAUCAACGUCGCUCUGGCCAGUACUGUGAUUUGAUAAUCGAAUUGGAAUUGGAUACCGCGACCGAUGAUGGCAUUGCCGAAUUUGGACAUUUCUGUGUUGUUGGUGCACAAAGCCGUUUCAUUGGCGGCCCACAAUUUAUACAAAAAUCAUUACAAUUUUCCAUUCACAAUCCAUUGAAGGUGACUAUAAACAAUUUCAGUUGCACGCGUUGUCUGCAUACCAUGAUGGAAUUCUUUUACGAAGAUGUGGUGUCCAUAGCAAAGGAACAUGAACCGCAUUUCAAACAGCUGGCUAAAAUUUUAGCUGUUACGGAGUUAAUGAAAUUAUUCGAAAUGCCCGAAGAUCCGGUCACAACGGCUGACGCAGGUGGUGAGAAAAUUGUAAAGCAAGAGUGUGACCACAGCACAGAUCUAGGCGUAGAUGUAGAUGUGGACAACAACUCGACUGUGCGGCCUGCUGCAGGAAAGGAAGGCGACAUUAAUUUAGGCAAUAAGGAUAUUUUCAAUGAUCAACGCAACUUUUUUAGACUCCGGAAUCCGCGUGCGUCCAACUCCAGUAGUAAAAUCAACUACUGUAUCGGCUGCGAUUUCAAAUGCUACCGCGUACAGGAGAUGAUUACCCAUAUGAGCAGUUGUGAGCCGUCGCAUCUCACUUGUUCGUUGUGUGAGGUUGGUUUUCUUGCGUGGCGCGAGUAUGAGGCGCACAUCAAGCAGCACGUGACCAAUAUGAAGAAGCCAUUUUUUUGCCUAGAGUGUGGCGCACGUUUUGUCAAUCGUGCCGCACUAACAAUACACCUUCCCAAACACACAACCGAAACACCGCAUCAAUGUCAACAUUGCGGAAAAGGUUUUAAAUGGAAACAAGGGCUGAAUAACCAUAUGAUAGUGCAUAAUAAAGAAAAGCAAAUGCUCUGUGACGUUUGCGGCUACAGCACCACUCAUAUGAAAGCACUCAAGUCACACAAACUACAACACACCGGUGAAUAUUUCAAGUGUCCCUAUCCUGAAUGUAAGCACCACGCCAAUCGAAAAGAAAACCUGCGUUUGCAUAUGGAAACACACAAGCAGGAGCGUCCUUUUGUAUGUGAAGUUUGUGGUUGCAAAUUUAGCCAAAAUAAAAAUCUGAAGCGACAUGCGCUCAAACAUUCAACAGAUGAAAUACAUAAAUACAAAUGCCAAUUAUGUUCAUUUAGUAGUCAUCGUUCGGAUAAACUGAAGGAGCAUGUGCAACGUGUGCAUACCGAGAAGGAAGUGCAGCUGGAACUGCCGGAAAUAGUGGAGAAUGCUUUCGAGAAUAAUGUAUGUGAUGAAUUCGAUUUGCCACCGCUGUCGAUGGUUGACUUGCGUGGAGAGGCGAGUAUUAAAAAUGAAACAACUGCUAACAGUGAAGCAACGAAAAAAGUGCACAAAAGAAAGAAAGCUGCAAUAUUGGCACAGAAAAAGCGCAUGAUACCCAUCGCACCUAAACCAGAAGCUGAUGCAGACGAAAAUUUAAAUUAAAGUAAAUUAAAGCACUUAAUGAGAAUAGAAAUAACUUAUAAUAAAAGUCAUUUGAUGGCGGUGGCAAGGAGACUCAUCUGUUAAGUUGCUUUAUAAAAGUAAAUAUGGAUUUCCAAGCAACACUUUUAAAACUCAAGUUUUCAAAUAUUGCAUGAAACAUCAAAAUGAUAGAAAACGAUUUUUCUAAUAGCAGUGGGCCUUCAGCAGGCAAUGAAAAAUUUCCGAGUGUAUUUCUGCCAUGAAAAAGCUCCUCAUAAAAAUAUCUGCCAUUCGGAAUCGGUUUAAACCUGUAAAAUCCUCCAUUUGUAGGACAACUUCAAGACGCACGCCACAAAUAGCAGGAGAAGCUCGGUCAAACACCCAAAAAAAGUAGGCAUAUAUGUAUAUGCAUACCUAUAAUUCCCUACUCCAAUUAUAAUUGAGGAAAUAAACACCUCGAUUUGUGAAGUUAACAAAGUUCGUGCACAAAUUUUGGAUACCGUGGAUUGUUGCACAAGCGCUCAAGUGUUGGUCGAAUCAACUAAUUUUUCAAAUAUUACAGGGUUGCUUUCAGCAGUUAAGCUAUAACUCCAUGCCAGCUCCUUAGGUUUUGAAAAUUCUUAAGCUUUUUAUAAUGUUAUAUUUUAAAUUACACUUUUCUUUGGGGAGUGCGUGAAAUCACCACUUAACUGUUAGUACCUUCGUAGAAAUAAAAAUACGCAAGUGCGCUUUCGGUUAUACUUUACAAUUGAGUUUAUUUUCCAUUUCAGAUUAAUAUAGUGUUUCUUAACCUAUAGUAAUUGUAAAUAAUGUAAUUAGCAGUAAAUAUGUAUGUAUUUUAAAAUGUAAUAUGUUAUGCAGUAGUGUUAUUAUGGGAGUUAAUUAAACAGCAAACUUAAAAUUUAAAGUUACAGCUAAAUUGAAAACAUUAUAAAAAUUCAUAUUUGAUAAAAGCAUUUAUAUUAAUGAUAAAGUAAAUUAAAUUAUUAUUAAUUACCAUGGUAAAAAUCAGUAAACUACGCCAUUUGGCGUAACAGGUGUUAUGACUUUCGAAGUUGUUCAGGCUUAACUGGCGUUGCAAGCCUAAGAAGUAGGCAACUCCUUACAAUAAUUUUCAGGCGUGACAUUUGCAGCCGUGGAAGCAGUUUAUUUUUUGAUUGUUAUAAGUAUCUAUGCAUUUGCUACUUUUCAAUUACAUUUGCUAAUCAUAUUAACAUCCUCUCAAUUUUGAGUGCUCAAAUAUCAAAUAAAAUACUCAAGCAUAAAAUUAAUCAAAAUGUUCUUAUGUAUAAGACGAAAAUGCAAAAGUGUAGAAAAGAAUUUUCAGCCCAAGCCAUUCUCACAAUUUUGCUUCGGAUGGCCAAACUUUUUAAUUUAUCAUCUAUGCAUUUAGUAAAUGCGGCAGGCA